AUGCAAGAAAUCAAUGAUUCCUUUCGUGAAUAUGAUCUGAACCAUAACGGUUACAUCACUUUUGAUGAAAUGAAAAAGUGUUUAAGGAAAGCAAAUGUAAUGACGCCAGACGAAGAAGUUAGUCGUGUCUUAAAUCAAAUGGACUGGAAUCGUGAUAGUCAAGUGAGUUAUGAUGAAUAUCUGAAAUUUAUGACUUCUGUUUAUCGUGGUGAACAAAGUGAACUACAACGGCAGCUGGGCAGUGCUCUGCUAGAAGUUGGUUCUGCUGCAGGAUCCUUUUAG